AUGAAGAAAUCAUAUAUCCCGAUUUCGGAUGUUGGUAACGAAAAAAAUGAGCUUGUAAGGCGAAUUUACAGGUCUCUUACCGAAGUUGUGCAACAACUAGAUGAUGUUAGAGGAAGAUCCAAGACCGUUUUUAAUCUUUUUCUGCCUUGCACAGUAACACUAAGAAUAAAACUUCAUGAUCUUUGUUACAAGCUAAUUUUAGCAGAUCCUUUGGGUUAUGGGAAAAAAGGAGAGGAAUUAUUAUGGAGAAAAGGAUAUCAUGACUUAUUCUCCACUGCUAAACGUUUGAGAAAAAAUGAUUCUUGGACAUCUGAUGACAUUGAAUAUGUACAAGGCUUAUUAAUGUCUGGAAUAGGACAUUAUCAGCAUAUUUUAUUUAAAUUACAAACAGACUACAAGCUUAGUUUUCAAGGAGUUAUUGAUUUUUCUUUAGAUAUGAGUGCCUUAGGAUUACAAAAAGGAAAAACUACUACUGUAAAUAAAAUGACUGAUGAAAAUCUUGUAAAGUGGGCUGAGGAAUCUUGCUAUAGAUGUUUGAUUUAUUUGGGAGAUUUAAACAGAUACUUACUUGAUUUAUAUCCACUAUGGGACAGUGGUACAGCAGAGAGAUAUUAUUUACAAGCUGCUUUCAUGAAUCCAAAUAGCGGCAGGCCUUUUAACCAACUUGGAACUCUUGCAAGUUGCAAAAAUUACAAUUUAGAUGCAGUGUAUAAUUAUACUAGAUGCAUGACAUGUCUUGAGCCAUUUCAUGGAGCUGAAGGGAAUUUAAAGAAAGCUAUAGAAAAAAACUUGGAGCUCAUGCAAUUAGAGCCAUUUCUUCCAAAUCCAGCCCCAGCAUUACAGAAACUUAUCAUGAAAUUUAUAUUUCUUUUUGAUAUAUGGUAUUUUGACAAAACAAUUGACAGUGGUUUACACAAUGCAUGUCAUGAAAUGUUGCAAGAACUUCAAUAUUGUUUAAGAGAAGAAAGCGUUAGUUUUUCAACAUUUGAUCAUAAUGAAUUAGAAUUGCAUCCAGAAUAUAUUAAUUCUGAUAUAAUAUUAAAAAUGACAAUUCUUGUUCUAAUUUGUGCAGAUAAAUUGCAAAAAAAAGAUUCAACUCAAACCUCUGCAAUUAUAGCCAUGUGUUUAGCUAUGCUUUCUCAAUUAUUACAGCAUAUAAUUGAACGUUUUCAAAAUUUUUUCUUACGAUUUGGUUCUGAAGUUACUUUAAAAGAUUCAAAAAAAACUUCAUCUUGCGAAUCUCAAUUGCAAAUAAAUCAAAAUGAUAACUGUGUAAAAAAAUUAAAGAAUGAAAAGUUUGAAAAUCUAUUACACGAGAACGUGAAUAUGAAUAUCCCUAAAAUUUUAAAUUUAAGACAAAUAAAAUAUGACUCGGAAGUUGGAAAAAACAGUAGUAUUGUUGUCGAGUUUUCUAAACCGCCUGAUACCUCUACAGAAAAAACUAUUUUAAAAAGAAAAAACCAACUUAAAAGAAGAAAACGGGUGCGUCCCGUUAGUUCAUGUGAAUCAAAUUAUAGUGACAGUGAUAUUACUCUAAAUGAUAGUAGCACUGAUGAUGAAUAUUUUUCUGGAGGUUCAGACUCUGACGAAAUGAUUUCUUCCGAAAUCGGUAAAGAAAUUGUGAAAGAAAAUGAUAAACAAAAAUCAGAAAUGAAUUCUUUGUUAAUAACAAAUAAAAACCAAUCAAGUGUAAAAGAAAUUUCAAAGAAUGGAAUCAACGAUCUCAACAGUAUAAAAAUGUCUAAUGAAAAAGACAGAACCAAAAGUUUAUUUACAAUAAUAAAUGAUGUUCACAAUGACAACAAGAUAAAUGAAAAUAACAGAGGGGAUUUUACUUUUGAUUAUAAAACUGUGGAAAGAAAUACGUCGAAUAACACUGAUGAUUCGUCAAAUAAUUUAAACUUAAAACAAAUUGAUACAAAUAAAUUUUUACAAUUUUUAUCUCGACAAGAAAUUUUAAAGUCUAUAAAAAUUUAUUGUGAUUGGUUUCACAGCGAUGCUGAAAAAAUUAAAGCUUUUAGUAAGAGUUCGAAAACUUUACUUGGAAAAUUGGCUACGUUUUUGAACUUGAUUGCAUUUGAAGAAGAUUUAUUUUCAAAAGAAUGGAGCAAACUGAUCACUCAAACAGAAGAUACUAUCCCUUUAAGUGAAGACAUUGUUACAAGGGGUUUGAAUAUGUUUAAAGGAGUACAUGAAAAACUUAAUUGGAAAUUAUAUAAACUAAAUCGCAUUAGUAGCGUGGAAGAAAAUAUUUUGCGUUUAUCUAAAAUCACGGAAUUUGGUCAUUAUCUGACAAAAAUUGAAGAAACUGGUAUACACUUUAAUAAACGUAGCAAAACGUUUUACGUUGUUGGUCAAAACGGGAAGAUAGAAAAUACAUCACUUGAAAUAUUAAGUAAACGACAAAACUGCAAUACUUCUAAAAAAGGCCAAUUAAUGAAAAACAUGGGUCAACUUUGGCUUAAAGCAGAGGUAAGAGAUUUAGAAAGCAGAGUUCGAAGGAAAGCUGGAAAUUUUUCACCAUAUUUAGUGGUGGACUCGGAGGCUCUCAUUGAGCAUAUUGUUUUGGUCAAACAACUUGUUGGUUCUAGACAGUUUAUUGUUAUCAUUCCAACAGUGGUUUUGUCUCAUUUGGAUGAAUGUAAACGAGAUAGUGGGAGGGCACGUGAAACAAUCAGGUGGUUGGAGUCUCAAUUUCAACACGGAAAUCGGUCUUUAAGAGCUCAAAAAUCACAAGAAAGAAUGUCAUUGCCACUUAUUAAAUAUCCAAAGAAAAAAGAUAAAGAAGCAUGGAAUUUUUUUCAAAUUGUUGAAUGUUGUCAUUACUUUAGCAAGCAAAGUGAAUUCCAAAAUUGUCAUUCUAAUUUGCUUGUUACUCUUCUCAUUGGUCAAAAAGAUAUUUUGUUUGUAAAUGAUAAUAAAAAAGACGAUUUUGGUAAAGAAUACAGUCCUGUUGGCGUUGCGAAAAAUUUUGGUAAUUUUUAA